AUGAAUAAUAAUCGAAGGAGAUAAUCUCACUCUGCCGAAAGAGUUAAUCAACAGUCUUCAAUAAAGGUGUAAUCGGAAUAAAAGCCUCCUUUUCUUUUGGAUCUGUAAAAUGAGAUGGAGUACAUCGAAGACAUUUUGAUUUUGAUGGCGCGAAUAAAUCGAACUCAAUUUUAAGAACCUCAAUAAUUGAAACAUGCCCUAAAAACAUAGAACUCAGUAUAUUUAAGUAUUAAGAUACUCUACAAUCACUAGACAUUUUAUAACUAAUUAUGAAUGUAAUUGAUCCUUACUUGGAAAUCAAAAGUUUUUCUGAUGAAAAAUUUUAGUUAUUAUUAAAGAGACUUGGUUACCCUUGCAAGCAUAUGUCAAAAACAAGAUUUAUGAGCUUAGGAUCCUCACAUACUUAUUUGCAAUCACUUCAUAUUUUAUCGUGGCUUUGCAGACAGGCUUAACAAAUCAUACAAAUCAAUGAACGCAUAGAAAAUGGCUAAUAUUAACCGAUUGAGAUAGAAAAUGAAUCCUUUUCCAACAAAAUCAAAAAGAAAUUAGCAGAGUAUCUAGUUUACCUACUAAAUUAGAUAUUUACAAGAUGGUUAUAUAGGUACAAUUGAUGACUCAGCCCUGGAGAAAUGCUAUAGGGAUGCAAAAUAAAAGUUGACACUUGAGUUGAUGCAGUUGCAAAAGGAUAUCUCCAAGUUGACUUGUGAAUUGAAUGUCAUUAAAACAUAGGAACCAAACCUCCCUGAGAUAGAAGAAUAAUACAAAAACUUAGAUGCCGAAUUAACGUAAGUGACUUAGGAGACACAAGAAAACCAAUAGAUUUUGGAAUCGACUCGGUAGGAAAUUAACUAAAAUAUGAAUAAGUAUCUAGAAGUUGAUAAUGAAAUCAUUAAGGUGCAUAAACUUAUAGAAUCUAAACGAUAAUACAUAGCCUAAUAACCAAUUAAAAUUGACAAAGCCAAAGAGAUGGAGGCAAAGGAUUAUUAGUUGACAAUUUAAUCGUAAUAAUUGUUGAAUGAAUUGUAAAAGUAUUAGAAAGAACUAGAUAAAGCAAGACAAGAAAAAACAGAAAUGCUUUGCAAAAUAUCAAAUAUCAUUUAAAUGCUGAAUUCAGGAAAAGUCAAAUUUGAUAAGGAUUAUGAAACAUUUGAAAAAAACCUUUAUUCAUACUAAUAAAAAUUAGAAUAAAAUAAUGGAAUUCAAAUUGGAGAAGAUGAAAAUUUAUUGGAUAUGGAACUAGAUGCAUAAUUUGAAUAAAAAAUAGCUAAUGAAUAGGUAGAUUAUAAAAGUAGAAAAAGCUUAGUUGCAUAUGAUUUGAUCUAAAAAUAGGAUACAGAUUCUAUUCUAAAAUUGCUAUUGCCAAAUAAAGAGCAAAUUCUCUAAGAUCUUAAUUAAUAACUACAGGACAUUUUAAAUAAACUAACUGUUAGCAAAAAACAAGCAUUGGAGAUGAAAAAUGAAUUAAAUCAAAAGUUAAAGUAAUUAGAAGACAUUGAAUGUGCCAAAAAAAUGAUUAUUCAAGAGAUCAGUUAGUUAAAUGAUUCUACUGAAGAAUUAAAAGUGCUCAAACAAAUUUAUUUAGAACAUCAGGAAAAGUAGUAGAUAUUACUUAAAGAAAUGGAAUAGAAAAAGUUGGAAAUCAAAUUUAUAGUGGAUAGAAAGAAUUUAGACGUUAUAGAGAUUGAUAGAUUGAAAAAAUAAAAUUAAGAAAAUUAAGAAGUUAUAUUAAGUAUGUAGUAACAAGCCGAGAUAAUUGAAGAAAAAAAUACAGCAUUAUAAUAGUAAUUUAAGGAUUGGGUAAAAGAUAACUUAGAUCAAUUUUUGUCUUUGAUUUAAGAGGUGAAAAUAUGA